CUAGCUUUAUUAGCUCCGUAUGGAUUGUCGCCGUAUAGAACUAAAUACAUUUUUAUUUAAAUUUUAGUUGCAUAGAGCGUUGAGUUGAGUCAUCACCAAGUGGCCCUUAUGCUACUCUUUUUUUUGCUCAUUGAAAACGCUUUUGAAAUAAUUCUUUUUUAUCAUUCUCGCUUUUUGACUAUACUUGCUAAACUAGGCUAAAAGUCUAUCUGAAAACGUUUUGUGAUCCAAGGAUCUUUCUCUGCUGUUCUUGUGAGGCUAGAUCUGAUCACUAAGUGAAGCAGUAGAAAACUCUAAAGCUCUCUUGUUUUCAGGAUUUACGCUUAAGUUGAGGCGAAGUGUCUUAUCAAAUGGUGUAGACGUUUCUUGCUGAACAUGAAGAUGUCUGUUCAUUUACACUGAUAUUUUUUGAAAUUUGAACGACGUUCUUUCUUCAGUUGAAAACAUAACAUAUUUGCAAAUCAUACAUUACAUGGGGUGCAGUCCCUUUUAUUUUGAAUUCCUUACCUUAAGAAUUAUGACCUUGUUAAAGUAGUUAUUUUGUUUUGCCACUCAAUUCCCUUAUAAAUGAGCGUUUGCCUUGUUCUCUGCACCGGGUAUAUUUAUAAACGUACAAUUUCGCAUAAAAAUCAAAAUUCGUCUUCCUAAUAUCUCAUCAAAGCCUAAUGUUUGCAUCGUUUUAACCUUGUGCACUACAUCUUUUCCAUGCAGGCGAGUCGUUGAGUCACGGUGCUAAGAAUACUUUUAAUAGGAAAACGUAAGGGCAGACAACACGAUGACGAUUUUCUAUUCACAGUUAUAGAGUGCUUCGAAUGCAUUGCCAAAAAAUUACGUGGCGAAAUGGUGCUUUUUGCGGCAUUUGCUGCGAGAAAAUCUAGUCAAGACGCCUGCUUUGUUCAGACGCCAAUUAGUUCUUUUGUGUUACAACGUUGUCGAAAGCAAAAAGCUGCAUGUAAAUAGCGGCCUCGACGGUACGGGGAAUAUUUCUUGAGCACUGGCACACUCGUUGAAAAAGAAAACGGCCAACAGAAACGUUUUACCGCCAGUUAUUAUUUGAUCGGGAGAUUUUUAUGUCCUCUUUUGCUGACGGAAAUAACUCACCUUUUGCAUUUGUCGCUCAACGAGGCAGUUGAAGUCGGAGAAGUCGCAAAGAGAAGAAGUCCAACCACAAGUGAGAUUAGCUGAUACGUAGAGACAUAUCGACUAGGGAAAUACUAAAGGGAAAUAACGUCAAUUUAGUUGUUAAGAGGAAGCGAAGACAACCAGAAACGGAAUAUCAGAAGUAGAUAUCUUAAAUCUGGGUCCCUGCCGCUACUCGGCUCUGCUUUGAAGUACACUGCCAUAUAAAUCGAGCUAUUGGAUGUUGAAAAUUCUCGCUGAUAGCCGUCACUCUGUUUACAACAGAAGCUUGAAUCUUUGUGAUCGCCUCUUCGGCAAAAUUACUUCUAUCUAUUCGACACUGAACGAUGACUACAGCGAAAUUAUCGCCGAUUGAAGAUCGACAUCGCAGUAUCCGGCUUUGGGUUCUCGUUGCUCACGCGUCAGUAGGUCUUUUGCUUCGUUUGAUGGGUGCCACGAUAUGCCAUUACGGCAAGGGCGGGGAGAGUUCCACGGUGUUACGGCCUGUCUACAGCCGCGAUCACCACUGUAACUGCGAUCCAUUUCACUGAGCGCUGUGAUAGCGGUUUCAUAGCGCUGUCAUAGCGGCCCGAGGUGGUUCACGUCUUGCCACAACAGAUCAGUCUCUGAAAGACGAGCUGUCUUUUUGUAGAGCCAUGAAAUCUAUGCAAUAAGAACAGCAUAAUCGGCUCUGCCAAUUCCAUGGCAAUCCAUGGCCUUGAAUAAUGGUCCAGUCAUGAAUUGUGCUGUUUCUCGGUUAAAACAAGCAAAACCAUGUAACAUUACUGGUUAUUUUCUGCCACCUUUUUAUAAAGUAUUCGCUUAUCCCGCGCCGAAAAAUGUGAGUUCCGCUGUGGUAUCAAAAGUGCUGUCAAUUUGCGCAAUGAUAGUGACAAGACUGUGUACGCUGCCGUUUAUGUGGAUGGCCGUACUGAGUAUGCAAGUCAUUCUUGGAGACGCACUCGGCAUCAUGAAGCCUUUAUGUAUAAGGAGAGGGUAUACCAUGUGCGGCACUCGACUUGUGCACCCAUCCGCGCCAUCACGAAUCAUAGGAGGUCGUGACGCUUUACCCGGGGAACUUCCUUUCCAAGUCGCUCUUUAUCGUCAAACGUCGAAAUCAACUUACUACGCAAGCGGGACCCUUUUAACUGAUCGACAUGUUCUGACUUGUGCGCACUGCAUUGAUGGGUUCAAUUCUAGUGAGGUAACUGUUUGGGUUGGAGUGCAUAGAAAAAGUCUGCCUGCACUAAUCAGCAGGGGCCGAAUGCAAAAGGGCGGCCAGUUUUUUGUGUACCCAGCGUUCGACAGAAGGUCUUUAGCUAAUGACAUUGGCAUUAUUCGUCUUCGACAACGUGUGGUUCUCGAUGGUUUCGUUAAUACUAUUUGUCUUCCAUCAAGGAGUUCGACUGUAGCACCAAAGGCAUUCGUUGCUGGAUAUGGUUAUAUUUAUCCGAAUGGGCCAACGUCGGAUUUUCUAAAAAUUGUUCAACUGGACGUAAUUCCACCUUCACAAUGUUUAGAACUCCUUCCGGGGUUUGACAUAAACCCAAAUACAUCCUUAUGCACCCUCACCAAGGACAAAGACGCUUGCAUGGGUGAUUCUGGUGGUCCUUUAUUUCAGGAGUUUCGUGGCCGUCUCGUACAAUAUGGAGUAGUCUCUUGGGGCCGUGCGUGUGCCCUCAAAAACUCGCCGGGUGUCUAUGUCAACGUGCUUGCCUAUCUUGAUUGGAUAUUUGGAAUUAUUGAUCUCGGAUAAUGAAUUACUCAUAUUUAUUGAUGUUUCGAUUAACUGGUCAGCUUAUGCACAAUAAUUAUAUUUACGCUUAAAUGCUAUUCCGUCAUUUUGUUUUCAUAUUUUUAAUUGGUGACUAUUGUGAGUGCUAUUUUUCAAUUCUACCAACGGUUGUUUCUCGAUUUGUAAAACUAUUGAGUAGUGCGUUUAGCCAAAUCAAUUUAUUGCAUUAACGAAAAGCUUUAUUCAAAGAAAUUGUUGGAGCGAAUACUGUGAUAUCAUAUGUAGAAGGUUAUGGCUUUCAGGUGGAAUUGUGGGACAAAUUUAGAUAAUUAAAUAACUUAAACUGAAUUGUCAAGAUCCGUUAUUACGAAUAUAUGUUAAGUGUUGCCACUUUGCUAAAAGGGGAUAACAUGGAUAAGGCUGUCAACCUGAACCUAGUAUGCUAAGUUAACAUAUGGAUAAAAACCCUUCAAAUUCAUCUGUUCUUCUGAAUGUUUCUCUGCCCCAUCUGCCUGUAGAAAAUAAGUAUAUGCCAACUAGUAUGGAGUGUAGUUAAUAGUAUUUUUUGUUAACUAAAGAACAGGUUUCGUUUAAGUAAACGAGGCAACUAACAAAGCUUUGCGUGUGAUUCCUGUAAGAAGUGCCCUAGUACUUUGAAUGUAAAACGUAAGGCAAUAUUGACCUUUGUUAUCGUUAUAUUCGUGGAUGGUCCUAGGCAGUUAAACUGG